CCACCAUCCCAUCUCUCUCAUUCCACGUUCAGCAGCGGCAGCCGGAGCCCCUGCCCAUCUCCUCCCCCUGCUCCCCCUCCCAUAGCCGUGACGUGCUCCUGUCGGAUGGCAGGGAGGAGAAGGAGGGAGUUCAUGGGAGAGACCCAGGCACACACUCAGUGAUAUUGCCGCAGGGACAAAGGCACAGGAGACACCGAGGGGCUCAGUGGAUCCCCAUAGUCUGUUCUUUGGAUUGUAGGUCUUCCCCCGGCUCUUGAAAUCCCCGGAGAGAAGUGAUCGCGCAGCCUGUGCAACUCUGUGCCGAGCCCUGGGCUUCCUCUGCAGGUAACGAAGAGAGGCAUGGAUAUCACAUAAUCAGCUUUCUUCAAGACCAGCUCUGAAUCUUUUACAAAUGCUUCUUUCCAUGCAAAACUGUGUCGAUAAAACCAUGGAUGAGUCAGCAUUACUGGACCUCUUAGAAUGUCCAGUGUGUCUUGAGAGACUUGAUGCCUCUGCUAAAGUCUUGCCAUGCCAACACACAUUCUGCAAGCGCUGCCUUCUGGGCAUUGUGAGCUCUCGCAAUGAGCUGCGCUGCCCAGAGUGCAGGACUCUGGUGGAGUGUGGGGUGGAUGAACUUCCGAGCAACAUCCUACUAGUGAGACUGUUGGAUGGAAUAAAGCAGAGACCAAGAAAAGCAGGGGUUGGUGGCAGUGCUGGGAAUAGCACAAAUGUGCUAAGAGCACAAGGCAGUCUAACUACUAAUUGUGGCUUAAAUGAUGCACAGAAUAUUCAUGGUGGGCAACAGAGGAUACAGGCACGAAGUCCUCCAGUAAGGGGUGUUCCUCAGUUACCAUGUGCCAAAGCUUUGUACAACUACGAGGGGAAAGAGCCUGGAGAUCUGAAAUUUAACAAGGGAGACAUCAUCGUGCUUCGCCGUCAGGUUGAUGAAAAUUGGUACCACGGGGAGAUUAAUGGCAUCCAUGGCUUCUUCCCAACAAACUUUGUGCAGAUCAUAAAGCCUUUACCUCAGCCUCCUCCUCAAUGCAAAGCACUUUAUGACUUUGAAGUGAAAGACAAGGAAGCAGACAAGGAUUGCCUACCCUUUUUAAAGGAUGACAUUCUCACCGUGAUCCGACGAGUAGAUGAAAACUGGGCAGAAGGAAUGCUGGGAGACAAGAUAGGAAUAUUCCCUAUUUCCUAUGUAGAGUUCAAUUCAGCAGCCAAGCAGCUGAUAGAAUUGGACAAGCCAUCAGGAGUAGACACUGGGGAAGGCUCUUCUGGCACAACGCAUAGUAGCAAUUCUCAAAAGCAAGCAGAUGCAAAGAAGAACACCAAAAAGCGUCACUCCUUUACCUCCCUCACCAUGUCUAACAAGUCAUCGCAGUCCGUGCAGAAUCGUCAUUCAAUGGAGAUUAGCCCCCCUGUACUCAUCAGUUCUAGCAAUCCCACCGCUGCUGCCAGGAUCAGUGAACUCACAGGCCUCUCUUGUAGUGCCCCUUCUCAGGUUCAUAUCAGUACAACAGGGCUCAUUGUGACCCCACCCCCUAGCAGCCCUGUUGUAAGUGGCCCUGCAUUUACAUUUCCACCGGAAGUCACCUACCAAGCUGCUCUGGGAGAUUUAAAUCCUCCUCUUCUUCCUCCUCCACCAUUGGCCACUCCGGUUAUCACGUCGACAUCUUCAGGAGCUGCUGCCGCUGUCCAGAGGUCUAUCAGCGGUCCAGCUGAGCAAGUCACACACUUGAGGACAUCUACAAGACCCAGUGUGUUUGUUGCUAUCUAUCCCUAUAUCCCACGCAAGGAGGAUGAGUUGGAACUGAGGAAAGGUGAAAUGUUCUUGGUUUUUGAGCGCUGUCAGGAUGGCUGGUUUAAAGGAACUUCCAUGCACACCAGCAAAAUUGGUGUGUUCCCUGGAAACUAUGUUGCACCAGUCACUAGGGCAUUAACAACUGCAACACCAGCAAAGGUUGCCAUGGCCACAGCUAGUAGCAGUAAUGUGGUGAACUUAGUAACGCCAACACCUCCAGGGGCUCCAUGCCAAAAACUGCAAGGGAAUGGAGCGGAGUUUGCCAAGACUGUCAGUACAAAUGGGGUCCCACCGGCUGGCAUUCCUGGUUCUCAUAUCCAGAGUAGCCCACAGGCCAAGGUUCUGCUGCACAUGAGUGGCCAAAUGACCGUUAACCAAGCCCGCAAUGCGGUCCGAACAGCUGCUGCACACAGCCAGGAUCGUCCAACAGCAGCUGUGACUCCCAUCCAGGCUCAGAUCCCAUCUGCAUCUGUUCUCCCCCAGCAGGCUGCCACUUCACAGCAAAUGCCACCUCCGCUUUCAGGUCCAGCUGCUUACAUCAAUGCUGCAAUGAACAUUAGCCGACCAAGUGUGCCGGUGGCUUCGGCAGCCUCCUCCAGUGUUUCCUCCGCUGCAUUUGAAACAGAAUGUAAUUGGAAAUCUGGCUCUGGACUUGCUGCGUGUUCUUUUCCAGAAAAUGUCUCUGCACCUUUAAAUUCUGCUGCUAAUAAGCAAGAUAAAGAUAGUAAGAAAGAAAAGAAGGGCUUGCUCAAGUUACUGUCUGGGGCAUCUACAAAAAGAAAGCCUCGCUCAUCUCCGCCGCACUCUCCAACCCAAGAACUGGAACAGACAAAUUCAGAAGCAGCGCUGGAGGGAGCUGUAGGGCCAGACAUUCUGCCUGUCAAUGGCAAUGGCCGAGUUGCUUCCUGCACUGUGGAUUGUGAUUUAGUAUCUGCCUCAGCUCUGGUACAGGACAACCGCAAGCCAGCUUCCUUGGAUACCAAUGUUCCCAUUGCACCUCCACCAAGACAGCCUUGCUCCUCACUGGGCACUGUUCUGAAUGACUCCCGGCCUUGUGAAAGAUAUAGAGUUGUAGUGUCCUACCCACCCCAGAGCGAGGCAGAACUAGAGCUGAAGGAAGGGGACAUCGUAUUUGUGCACAAGAAACGGGAAGAUGGUUGGUUUAAAGGCACACUCCAACGGAACGGCAAAACCGGGCUAUUUCCCGGCAGCUUUGUGGAGAAUAUUUAACUCUUAUUUUGCCACAGAGUUCAUGAAUGAGCACAAGACAAACAGCCAUAGCUGUCAGUCCUCUCACGGAGCAAAUCUAACUGCACUGAAGAACCAUACAGCAUCUUGUAGCUAUGGUAACAACCCCUGUGCCCUAUUUAAGUACAAACGAUCAGAACAAGACUGCUCCAUCUGCUGAUUUCAUAUCUCCAUGGAAUUUAUUUGUUGAUGUAUUUGUGCCUUGUACUGUUAAGUUUAUCAUAUUUUUUUAUACUUGUUUUUUUUUCCUGAAUAACAAAUAAACUAUUGUUUACGAGGCUUUA